CGGAUGAAUGAGACGAUAGCACUAUAAGCGAAGUUGACGAAGAGCUCGUGGUAGCGCGGACAAGAGUGGAGGUGGUCGGGAGGGUGGUCGACGAAGAGGAAGAGGAGGUAGAAGAAGAAGUCGUGGUAGUAGUUGAGGUGCUGCUGCUGCUUGAGCUAAGAGUCGAGCUGGUCGAAGUGGUGGUGGAAGUCGUGCUCGACGACGACGAAGAGGAUGUUACAGUACUGGAGGAGCUCGAGCUCGAGCUCGACGAAGAAGUGGUAGAAGACGAAGCCGUGGUCGUCGUUUGGGUAUCGGUAGAUGUCGUGGUGGCGGAGGAUGCUGGCCCAGUUACACUGUCGCGCAUGGCAAUUUCCCUGGCAAGGAGCGCAUUGUGGAGAUGGCGGGGAGACGGGUGACCCAUGACGCUCGAGAGCGAAAGAACGAGGAAAAGAACGAGCGUGUAGUAUGACCUGAAAUCGGCCAUGGUGGGCCGCAAACGAGUCGCAACCGCCUGACGACUGGGGGAGGCAAAAGGGAGAUGAUCUGAGUUGGUAAUGUUCCCAUCACGUCACAUUGAUGGUUUCCUUAUCUUAUCUACCUCCCCCGGCCACUAAUCUAAGCGACGGCGUGACUGGGCUCAGUGACAGUGAGACCCUUCCUUACAAGCAGCCCUCGCGAUGGCGAGUCGCGAUGUGCCCCCACAGCUGCAACUCUCUCUCCCUGCCAACACCACCUCAUUCAAACGAUCCUUUUCACAGUUCGGCUUUGGGGAGGACCUGGACAGCCCGUCGGAAGCGCUGGACGCCCCCAACAGCUCCUCCACGAAUAGUUUUGCAGCCACGAGGAGCUCCACCACGACGCAGAACUCCGAUGGGGCGCAGAACAGACGAAAGCGGCCCCGAAGCUCCAGCAACGCGAGCGAAUCGGAGGACCAUUCCAAUCAUGCCUCAUCGUCCAGCCAUACAUCAUCCUCUACCAUGAGUUCCCAGCCAGCCUCUCCCAGCCAGCUUCCGGAUCCCGUGCCUCGCCGGCAUCUUCUUUUAGAUGUCAGUCUUGGGCGUGGCUUGGAGAGCAGCGUCGCUCUCGAGCUGGGCAUCGCUCCAUCUGAGCUCGAGCACCGAGCCACUCCAGAACCGCCGCCUCGUAUCCCCACACCCGAGUUCCCGGACAGCGGGGAUGUCGAGAUGCCCGAUAUGCUAAUUGAUAUCUCAGAGGAGAACUAUGGGCACGAUGAUGACAACGAGGACGAGGAAGAAGCGCCCAUGUCGUCUGCAGACCGCAUUAGGCUGUCUGUGGACCGCUUCAACGCCUUUGAUAGACACAUCAGCAUGUUGCGCUCAUCUUCACCCCCAGUAUUGCCGCUACCUGCGCCAUUGGCUGCGCGACACACGCCUCCCACACUGCCACCUCUUACGUUAGUCGAUCUGGAGUUGAGUGCGGAAGAACGAGCGGGCGAGGAACUCAUUCCUGAUGGGCCCCUGCGCGUCGCUGCAAGCAGCCCCCCACGGCUGGACCUCAAUCUCCCUUUGCCCGGCUCGCUGUCACCGCACGAACCCACGAUUCAAUUCAGACAGCGGCUCGAUUCAGCUCUAGACUCGGCAUUGGACGGAAUUGGACGGGGUGCGCUUCAAUUUGAACCACCCAUCUUGUCACCCCCAUUGUUUACGUCGGACGAUGAAGAUUUCGCGUACGAGUUCUCGGAGUCAGGGCCCUUCGCCAGCCGACGACACAGUCCAAUCUCUCGUUCGAGACAAGCACCGACGCUGGAAUGGUCGACCUCUUCCGCUUCUGUCGACUGGGAUGCUACCUUCGAACCUUUGGGCCGACAUCAAGACCUUGCUCCCCAUACUUCCGAAGCUCGAAGCAAUUCCAAUAGUGGCAAUGCGUACAACACGUUUGUUCUCCCCCCGGUGGCAACACCUUGGCGCAUCAGACCACCGAGUGCGACCACAGCCACGAACACAACCAGUGCCAACAUAUCAAGGUUUCGCACCCAUCCAUCGUUGCCGUCGUUGCCGCCUUCGCUGUUGUACCCACGUCCGGCUUCUUUGGCCGAACCACUGAGCACGGCGAGCAGCAACACAGCAGAAACGUUCCAGUCUCGGGCAUCGGGUUGGGCGUGGGAGGAUGUGCUGGAGCGAGCAAGAGCACGCGAACGGGAGCGUGAUCGUCAGCGAGAACGUGAACGCGAGAGGGAACGAGAGAGGGAACGAGAGCUCGAAAGAGAGCGUGAACGAGAGCUGGAGAGAGAACAGGAGAGGGAGCGCGAAAGGGAACGGGAACGGCAAAGAAACAGGGAGGAAUAUAUGGAUUUUUCUUGGAGUAUCGAUCGGAUUUGGGACCGGGACCGGGACGAGCCUGUGGCUAGCGGUGUUAGGCCUCGAUCACCGGAGACGCUGAUCCACCGCAUGAGAAGGGAUAACGGACACGAUGAAAUUUCACAAACAGAUGCAGCGUCUGAACACGGGUUGGAUCCCGAGACUUUGAGUCUGCUCAACCGCAAUAUUGCAUUGUCAAAUUCGAUGAUCGAGGACUAUCCAUCCACGGGUUGGGCGCCAGGAGAUGACUCGCUUACUCGCAGCUGGACGUUGGAUGAGUGGAUUCGGGAUGGAACUGUUCGUGAGGGCAGCUCACGGACUGCUCGAAGAAGAACCGGUGCGGGUCCCCCCAGUGCACAGACGAGCGAUUCCUGGCGACAUCGUGUCAGCUGGCAUUCCGAAGCGAUGACUCCUCCACAGCCGACUCACACUCACGCACGUGGUCACCAUUCGAGUUCGAGUCUGCAUGCGUCACCGUCGUCAUCAUUGGCGGCCUCGUCUUCGCUCCACCGUCGACUGAGUCGCGUGAGCUCGUCCAAUGCCCUUGAGGCAGAACGAGCGGCGGCCAUGUCUGCCGCGGCAACGAGGAGAAGAGAAGCUAGAGCGCAGCUCAUUGAGCGCCUGGGACGUGGUGUCAGAGUCCAUACCGAGCUGGAUAGCAACGAGGAGGAGCGCGAGACUGUUCGACGAAACUCUCCUUUCUACCUUUCCACGGCUGAGUUCGAGCCGAGCUUUGGCGGGUCGGAUGGGCCGUGGGCCAGUGCUGGUGUCAGUCCUCCUACUUUCCGCCGCCGGCCAACAGCUACAGCUGGUAUGGCCACUCCCAGCGCUAGUACCUUGCGUCGUGAGCCUGCUCGAGGACUGCCUGCUUCCGCAGUUGAUCGGCGGCAUGUGUUAUCUUCCCGUAUUGGAGCGACUAGCACCUUCGAAGAUCUGACGACACAACUACGCAACCCGUCGCCGCCGCCAAGCAGCUCGAGGCCGGUUUGGGGCAACGAUGGGCUACCUUUCUCGACUUUGUUCGGUCGUCCGGCGAGCCAAGAGCUGCCGCCGUCGUUGCCAUCGCCCGAUUUCGGUGGAGACCUCCGAGGAGGAACUGUAGAACCGGAGGAGGAACAUGAUCCACCGGCAUACUCCGGCCCGUUUCGGCUGACGAUGCAACGCCAUGACGAGUUUUCGAGGAGAACUACGACCGCCGGUCCGACGCGAGGGACGGCUUCCGGCAGGACUGAUGAUCGCUCCACGCGGCCUAUUCCCGUGCCGCAUCGCAGUCGGGUUGAGCCUGGGCCGUCGUCUUCGAGACUCUACACAGCCACGGACAUGCACAACAUCCUGGCUAGGCAAGCGAGACUGGAGGGGUCGCGGCUGGGCUUGGAUGUGGAUUCGACGGCGAUCGAAGACGAAGAUAUCAACCCACUUGACUAUAGUGCGAUCCUGGCAGCCAAUGCUCGGCGCAUGAUCAAUCGCCGCCGCAAUCGAGACAAUCGUGAACGAGAUAUCCGCGAAGAACGAUUGCCACCCCUCGACGAUCCGGACGCCCCUCGAAGGCUGUUGAGGGGGCACACUCAUGCAUUCCAUGCCGCGUUGGGUCGAUAUCGGCGAGGACACAGAUUGAUGGGCGAUUUCAUGCGAGACGAAGACUUCGACGCGUCGUACGAGAGUUUGCUGAACCUCGGGCGGAUCAUUGGCGAUGCGAAACCUCGUGGAACGCCCGACAAUGUUUUGGCGGGACUUGAUUCAGCGACAUAUAAGGAUUGGGCGACACCAGAUAGCGAUCCGCGGUGUCCCAUCUGCUUGGACGACUACAAGGCGGAAGACGCCGUCAUGAAGCUGGGUGAAUGUCGACAUUGGCUUCACAAGGAAUGCCUGGAGCAAUGGCUCAAGAGCGCGAGCACGUGUCCCGUGUGCAGGAAGGAUGUCAAAGCGAAGCCCAAGCCCAAGCCUCCACGAUUCGACCGGCAUCAGCACCAUCACCACAGACGGCGGGACGAAGACCAGGACGGAGCCGGCCCCAGUGGCUCGUGGUUCAGCGGCAUCUAAUAAUUGCAAAUCAUUUCAUGUAUUUUUCUUGUUUUGAAUGCCCACACUACACUCUGUUUAUGAAAGAGAUGUACCUGCACUGAAAGUAGUCCACGGAUCUGCUUGGCGUUGUUAUUAUCUGAUGUUGGUUAGAACGAUCCAUACGGCCUCCUUCACCCCGUUAGCCAGAUGGCCCUUGCUAGGCUCGUAGACGUUCACACUCACGUCUAUUUACCCCGAUAUGCCAGCCUUUUGAGAACGCGGUCGGCGGUGCCACGGAUUCUUACCUCGACCACGGUAGACGGCAAGCGCGAUGACCGGCUACUCAUCUUGGAGCACGAGCCUAGCGGCGGUCGUCCAGUCGGUCCGCAGUAUUGGGACCGGGAGGAGAAGAUCAAGUUCAUGGACCAGCAUGGGAUUGACUUAUCUGUUGUGAGCACGGCGAAUCCAUGGCUGGAUUUCCUUCCUGCACCCGAGGCAAAACAGAUGGCAGACGACCUGAAUGCGGAUCUAGAGGAGUAUUGCUCUGGAUCUCCCGAGCUGACUCCGUCGCUCAAACGGCUCUACGGAUUCGGUCUUUUGCCGCUCGUGUCGGGCAUCUCUACCGAGGCUCUCCUCGAGACGAUCGAGCGUAUCUCCAAACUGGCGUAUCUCAAGGGUAUCAUCAUGGGCACCCGGGGCAUCGGAAACGGACUGGACGACGCGGCGUUGGAUCCAGUCUGGGGCGCAUUAGAAGCCGCCGGGCUGGUUGUCUUCAUCCACCCGCACUACGGCGUCGACAACGCGGCAUGGGGUCCCAAAGACAACGGACAUGUACUUCCCUUGGCUCUUGGCUUCCCAUUCGAAACCACGAUCGCAACAACGCGUCUGAUUUUGGCGGGCGUAUUCGACCGCUAUCCUUCGCUUCGCGUGUUGCUCGCCCAUUCGGGAGGAGCAUUACCUCAGCUCUCCUCCCGCCUUGCGUCGUGCAUCGACCACGAUCCAGUGGUAGCAUCUCGCCUGAAACACGAUGCACGAUGGUAUCUGGGCAAACUGUACUUUGACGCUGUCGCAUACGGGCCCGAGGAGCUGGGCUUCGUCAGCGAUGCCAUUGCCCGCUCUGCCCGGUACGAAACGGGCGUCACCGCGUCAGAUUUCACCUUGGACCGCGGACUGGGUAGUCAGAGGAUGCUGUUUGGGACGGACCACCCAUUCUUCCC